AUGGACGGAAGCCAACCUCGUAGCAGAUAUGUCCCUCCGCACCUCCGCGGGGCCGACGACCGCAGCAGCAACCAUGGCAGCGAGCGCGGCUCCGAGCGUGGCGACGACCGCCGUGGCGGCUACGGCGCCCGUGGCGGCCGCGACAACCACCGCGAACCCCCGGCCACGAACUCGCGCUGGUCGUCGUUCGAGUCGGCGCCCCGUGACAACUACCGUGGCGGCGGCGGUCGCGACGGCGGCUACUCGCGUGACGGUCCUCGCGAAGGUGGCUUCUCGCGUGGCGGCGGCGGUGGCUACGGCGGCCCGCGCAAGAACCGCAUUGGCUUUUAUGGCGACAUGAACCCGAACGCGCGCCUCGAACAAGAGCUCUUUGGCGACUGCCAGUCGUCGGGCAUCAACUUCGACAGCUACGAUGACAUCCCAGUCGAGACGAGCGGUGAAGGCGUCCCGCCGCCGGUCACCACAUUCAACGAAGCCGAGCUCGGCCCCGAAGUGUGCAAGAACCUCGAGCUCUGCCGCUACGACAAGCCGACGCCUGUCCAGAAGUACUCGAUCCCGAUCGGUCUGGCUGGCCGCGACAUGAUGGCCUGUGCUCAGACGGGUUCGGGUAAGACGGGUGGCUUCCUCUUCCCGACGCUCGCGUCCAUGCUCCGUAACGGCCCCGCCAACAUUGACGAGGAGACCGCGAGCGGUGGUCGCCGCCGCAAGAUCUUCCCGUCGGCGCUCAUCUUGGCGCCCACGCGCGAGCUCGCGUCGCAGAUCUACGACGAAGCCAAGAAGUUCUGCUACUGCACGGGUGUCGCCCCGUCGUCGUCUAUGCUCCGCAACCUCGAGCGCGGCUGCGACAUGAUGGUCGCCACGCCCGGUCGUCUUGUCGACUUGAUUGAGCGCGGCCGCGUGUCGCUUGCCGGCAUCCAGUUCCUCAUUUUGGACGAAGCCGAUCGCAUGCUCGACAUGGGUUUCGAGCCGCAGAUUCGCCGCAUCGUCGAGCAGGAAGACAUGUCGCGCGAGCGCCAGACGUUCAUGUUCUCGGCCACGUUCCCGCGCGAGAUCCAGCGCUUGGCCUCGGACUUUUUGCGCGACUACAUUUUCUUGACGGUCGGCCGCGUCGGCGCUGCCUCCAAGGACGUCAAGCAGACGGUCGUGUACGUUGACCCGCAGGACAAGGAGGACUACCUUAUCCGCUUCCUCAACCAAGUCCAGGACGGCCUCAUCCUCGUGUUCGUCGAGACGAAGCGCGCGGCCGACUUCCUCGAAGACAUGCUCUGCCACGAAGGCUUCCCGGCCACGUCGAUCCACGGCGACCGCUCGCAGCGUGAGCGCGAAGAGGCGCUCGCGUCGUUCCGCUCGGGCCGCACGCCGGUGCUUGUCGCGACGGACGUGGCCGCCCGUGGUCUCGAUAUCUCUGGCGUGACGCAGGUCAUCAACUACGACUUGCCGUCCAACAUUGACGACUACGUCCACCGCAUCGGUCGUACGGGCCGUGUCGGUAACGUCGGUAACGCGCUCUCGAUGGUCAACGACAAGAACCGCAACAUCAUCCGCGAGCUCCACGAACUCCUCCUCGAGAACGGCCAGGAGUGCCCCGACUGGCUCGGCCAGAUGCACCAGAGCAGCUUUGGCCGCGGCGGUGGUC